UAUAUAUAAAGUAUGUGUACAAAUCAAAUGCUUACUGAUAAUAAAUCAAUUUCAAAACAUUUCUUUGGCAUACAUAUAAUUUUAUCUUUUAUUAAAGAUGGAAGCAAAUUUGCAUAAUAGAUGGAUGUGCUUGUUUAUUUUUACAGAAAGAAUUAAAACUUGGUGAAAUAUUUGAUACCUUUUACUGUUGCCAAAUUUUUUCUUACCUCCACAUUCAGUUACUAGACCCCCCCAUAGAAGGUCACAACCCAUAGUUUAAGAAAUUUUGCUGUAGAAUAUAUAAAUGAAAUGAGAGUUUUAAAAGAUUGGAAAGGUAGAAAGGAGCCAAGUUGUGAAGAGCCUUAUGUGCUAACCAGAAGACUAUAUAUUUGGUUCUAGAGUUGAUAGGGAGCUCCUGGAUUUAAGUGAGUAGAGGGACUGACAAGGUCAGAACUGCACUUUGGAAAUAAGUUUGACAAUUCUUUGCAGGAUGGAUUGAAGUAGAAUGAGACUUGAGGAAGGGAGACCAAUUGUAAGGAUGUUGCAGUGGUCUAAGAGGGGGGAAUGAAGGUCUGAAGUAGCGUGCUGUGUGAAGGGAAAGGAAGUAUAGGAAAGAUAUCAUAAAGGUAGAAAUGACACAAUUGGCAACAACUGAUUGCAUGUUUGAUGGUGAGUGAGAAUGUGUGGUCAAGGACGACAGCAAAGUUGCCAACAGGUGAGGAGGUGGUCAGUCUUGCCCUUACUUAUAAUAGGGAAUCUUGGAAGAUGAUGGUUUGAAGUAAAAGAUAACAAGUUCUAUUUUGGAUAUGUUGAGAUGGAGGUGUCUGUGGGAUAUUUAGUUUGAGAUAUCUUAAAGAAUGAGAUUGGAGCUCUGAAGAGAGAUUGACCUGAAUCUGUAGGUCUGGAAAUCAUCUCUUUAGUGAUGAUAAUGCCAUCCAUAUGAAUUGAUGAUGCAUUUGAAAAGAGUGUUAGAAAAGAAGGCUGAAAAAAAGCAGUUGGGUAGAAGGAGAAGCCAGAGAGAGAGAGUAGUGUCCUAAAAAUCUAAAGAGAAGAGAGUGUCAAGGAAGAGAGGUUGCUCAACAUUUCUUUGGUAUACAUAUAGAUUUAGCAAUUUGGAGGUCAUUGGUAACUUUGGAGAGAGUAGUUGGAGUUAAAUUAUGAGGUUAGAAAUGUCAUUUCAGAUGGUUUAGAAGAGAGUUAAGAGGAGAGAGGAAGUAGAGGUACUGAAUGUAAUAUUCUUUUAAGGCAUUUGGUCAAAAAGGGAAGCAGAAAUAUAGGAUGAUAGUGGAGAUGGUAGGAUCAAGUGAGGAUUUUUUGAGGAUGGUUCAGACAUGAGUGUGGGUGGAAAAGAGCCCUUAGAUUGGGAGAGUUGAAGACUAGAGAGGAGUAUAUGAUGCUGGUGGUAAUCGGUUGGGAAGAUAGUAAGAGCUGGGAUCAAGGGUGCUUGUGGGAACAUUUGACUGCAAAGAGAAGGACCACCACUUCAUCAGAGACUGGUGGAGGAAGAGAUAGUGGGGAACAAUAUGAAAAUGAACAGAGUUGAGGAGGUGAGAAGGACCUCUUGUCAAAUGGUUUCAGCUCUUGGUGAAGUAUGAGGCAAGGCUCUCAGCUGAGAAAUUGAAGAUAAAAGAUACUGAAGAGUCUUGGGGUUUGGAAUAGCCAUUUUAGUGGGUGUGAGAAAAAAAUUGAAUAGAAUAAUGAAGGAUUGUCUUACAGUUGAGAUUUGAUAACAUAAAUUUAUAGUGAACCCAAUCAGUAUGGCUUUGUGAUUUCAUUUUCCUUUAGCUGCAUGUGAAUGCAAGUGAAGGAGGUAAGUAAUCCAGGGUUGUGAUUUGGCAAAGUGUGAUCAAUGAUAGGAUAACAGGCAAGAAAUUUAAAAGGAGAGAAUUGCCUUGAAGUGGUUCAGUCAGAGGUUGAAAUUGGAAAAGUGAGAAUGUAGUUACUGCAGGAGUAAAAGUGCCUGAUAAAGCAUUGAGGGUGGGGGAAUUGCAGGCUGUAAUGGAGACAAAAAUAUUAAGGAUUAUAAGCAGAGAGAAAGACAAAGUUGUAAUAAUUUAUGAUCAGAUAAAGGAAUUUUGGAGUUUAAUGAUAUGGAAUUGGAAUCCAUGGGAGAUGGCAUUAUCCAGGGUAUAAGUAUCUCAAUAUGUUGCUGAGAUGGAAUGGAGGAAUAAUUCAUGAGAAUUGGGUGGAUUGAAGAAUUUGGAAAUAAGCAUAUUUAAAGGAUUGCUUCCCUGUCUCCUCUCCUAUUGUAUGAGGGCACUGAUAUUGUUGGGGACAAGACAAAAGAUUUUUUAGGAGAACUGCACUAAUUGCAAAAGGAGGAAGGAUGAUCUAAAGGUUAAUUUAAAAAAAAAAAAAAGAAAGAAAGGAAAAAAGUGAAGGGCCAGUGUGGGAACAAAUGAAGGCUACUUUUAAGUUAGUUUCUUAGUGUUUGGGUCACAGCAUGAUGAACACUAACAGUUGACUCUAGUGAGUUUAAUUCUACUUCAUUACAAUUCUUAAAAAAUUUUUACUUUUGUUAUUGUCCCUACUUCCUAUGCUGGGCACUUUACCAACUAUCUUGUUGCCAAAUCAGGGUAUCCUGUAGGUUUUACCUUUAUCACUGGAACUUCUACCCUUGAGCCCCUGCUAUCCCAGUUGGUACAUGCCACAUCAAGCCCACUAAUUUCAGCUCUAACCAGUCUUUAUUUUAUUUCCUACUUCCAUCUAUUCUAGGAUUACCUUGUUUUGUCUGUGUGUGCUUCUUCCUCAGUUGCCUUCAUUUCUGAAAUGAUUCCUUUUUAUGGGCAUUUUCUCCCUUUAUUGUCUUUGCUUUUGUAUUUGUAUCCUUGGUGCUUAGCACUUAAAUGCUUAAGGAGACUGUGGAAAGAACAUUGGUUCUGGAGGCAGACUUGGGUUCAGAUCUUCUCUGCUAUCUGUGGACCUCAGUUUCCAUAACUGAAAAAUAAGGAGGUUGAGCCAGAUGGCCUCUAAAGUCUCUUCUUCCCAUUUCAGUGAUCAGUGUUUCUAAUGAGGAAAGUGGUGAUCUUAAUGGAACAGUCUGAAUUGCUUUCUUCUUGAUGAUCACUAAAAAGAAGUAUAUGGUUUAUAUGAUAUGAGUUUGGAGGUAGAAGCCAUGAGUCCAGAUCCACGCUUGCUCUUAUAUUACCUGUAUGAGGAAUAAGCAUUAAGGUCGCUGCUUUUUCACGAUGUUUGGUGGGUUUGAGAAUAUAGAAGCAUAUGAAGAUGACCUUUACCGAGAUGAAUCAUCCAGUGAACUGAGUGUUGAUAGUGAAGUGGAAUUUCAACUCUAUGGUCAAGUACAUUAUGCACAGGACCUUGGUAAUGUCACUAGGGAGGAAGACAAUGAAGAAAAGAGCUCAGAGGAUCCUGAAUCAUUAAAUAUUAAAAAGACAAAUCAGAAGAACUUAAUUGUUCUUUCAGAUACUGAUGUUAUCCAGAUAUCAGAUGGUUCAGAGGUCAUCUCUUUGUCUGAUGAAGAUAGUAUCUACAGAUGUAAAAGAAAAAACAGAGGAAACCAGGUAUUGGAAAAUCAGUGUGAUCAGCAUUCUGAUGAACUCUCUAGAAAGAAAUGUAAGAGAGGUAAUAAGAAGUCUAAACAUGGAGAGAGAUCUAAUGUGAUUCAGGAAGUUAUGGUUAUAGAGGAUAGUUCAAAUGAAGAGAAGGAGAUCACUAUUUCUGAAAGUGGAGAAAGUGAUGUGGAGAGCUGGAUGUUACUGGAAUGUGAAGUAGAUGACAAAGAUGAUAACAUUCUUCUCAACCUCGUGGGCUGUGAAACCUCUGUUGAUGAAGACAAAAGUGAUGUAAACUGGUUCAUCAGUGAUAAAGAUCUAGAGGCUCAAAUAAGUAAUAACAGAUCAUCUGGUAAACGAACCAACAGAUACUAUUCAGCUGACAAAAAUGUCACCUGUAGAAAUUGUGAAAAACGUGGUCAUUUAUCAAAAAAUUGUCCUGUUCCACAGAAAAUACGUGUCUGUUGCCUGUGUGCUGAGAGAGGACAUAUACAGUAUGAUUGCCCUGCUCGGUUUUGUUUAGAUUGUUUUUUGCCUGCAUGUUACUCCCACAAAUGCCUUGAAAGACCAUCAUGGAAAAAACAUUGUGAACGGUGCGAUAUGAAAGGUCAUUAUGCUGAUACUUGCCCAGAAAUAUGGAGGCAGUAUCACCUAACGACCAAACCUGGACCACCCAAGAGGCCAAAGACCUAUUUUGGAAAAUCAGCCUUAGUAUACUGCUACAACUGCUCUCGGAAAGGUCAUUACGGAUAUGAGUGCACAGAAAGACGGAUGUUAAGUGGAACAUUUCCAACAGUGCCAUUCAUUUACUACUAUGAUAAGGAGCAUGAUAUCCGGGAUCACGAACAAAGAAUACAGUGGAAAGUAGAAGAACUUCAAAAAAAUGGAGAGCUUCCAAGACCAGUCAAGAGACCCCAUUUGGAAUCAACAAGUAGGAGUCACUAUCAUGGAAUAAAGAAAAGAUACACCGUACAAGAAGACUACAAAUGGCAUCAAGAAAAGAAAUAUCUCAGAAGAACAAAAAUGAGUAAUUGGAGCAAUAGAAGCCAAGAAAAAAAAUCCAGAAGGGAUGUUCAAAGGUGGUAUGAUGCAGAUGAGGACUUUAUCAGAGGACCCAGAAGUCACUCUUCCUCUCAUAGGUCCUCCCACUUAGGAUACCAUCAUCAAAAGAUGAGUGGAGGGGAGCUUUCCAAAAGGGCUAAAUGGGAGAAGUAUAAGAAAGGAGAAAGAAAAAGAGCAGAUGACGAGGAAGGUUUAUUCUUUAUUAAGCAGAGAAAAAGAAAAUCAAAGAUGAAAAACAACUGCUGACUUGGCAGUUGUGUAAUAAUUUGGUGUCCUUGUCUGCCUGUGCCCUGACAUUGUAUUUUCUUACCUCAUUAAAGAAGUAAGAAGUAUUUAUUCCAGCUCUAAGGAAGUUAAACUCACUGAACAAAAUUCAUUGAGCUCUUGGCUUCUAUUUUUUAAGCAAACAAUUUGCUAUUCUCUGUGACCAACAAGUUUGUUUAUUGUGUGAGAAGGUAAAAAGAUAAAUUAGCUUUCCAUUUUCAGGAGUAUUCCUAUUUGAUAAAUUGUACUUUUGACUUAGAAACCUGGGAAUAAGAAAGCUUAAUUUUGUGUUGUUGAUUUUUUUUUUUAAAGAAGUCCUUUUAAAUACACUUUACCAAGAAAAAUAGUUUAUUAAAUGUCAUUCGUCUACAGUCUACAUUUUUAAAAAAAACAAAAGACUUGAAGUAAAAAAGAAGUAAACAAUGAUAAGAAAAUUCAGUGAUUUUCAAGAUUCCUUUUUAAACCAAUUGGGAAAGUUUAAAACAUGCUUUGUUCUUUAUCCAAUUUCUCCUGCUUCUAAAGCUUGUUCUGAAGUCAUCCUUUGUAAGGAAUAUGACAGUGGGUUUUGAAAAUGAGUGAAAUGUCUUAAGUACAUUAUGAUUAUGAAAUUAUUGAAGCAUUAAAGAGAUAGGUAACCUGAGCUUUAGAAAACAGCAGAAAUUAUAUUGGUAUAGCUAGCAAAAGAAACAAAAGUUCUGGCAAAUAUAUGAAAAGGAGAAUAAAUCAAGGUCUCAAUGUAAUCAUUAAAGAAUGUUUUUUCUUCAGUGUGAAAAUCAUUUUAAGGAAGUCAGUCACUCAAAUGUAUAAAAAACUUUUAAAAAAUAAAAAUCACAACAUUUAUUACUGUGUAAAUUAAAAAUUACCUGGCUUUUAAA